GCGUAUUUUAUAAUUUAUUCAGAAUAUGAAAGUACAUUGUGAGUUUAUUGUAAAUUAUAAUACUUAGAUAUGUAACUCAUACGAUGUAACUCUAAGAACGGCAAGCAAAAUCAUUGUGGUAGAGGUUUGUAGUAAUUUCCACUCGUUGGCCAGAGAAGUUGUAAUAGAAUUAGUAGCAUGUAACUCAUACGACGUAACUCAAAGAACGGCAAAAAAAAAUUGUAGGAGGGGUUCGUAGUAAUUUGCAUUCGCUGACCAAUGAAAUUAUGAAUUAGCAGACGAAAAGCUACAUAUGUGGAACUUAACUAUUAAUUAGAGAAUUUACUAAGUUUCUGCGUUUAAAAUGGAAUUUAACAAAGAGAAAAAAGACGGAAGAAAACAUCAGAGAUGAGUAAGAAUGCAAAACCAAAUACGAAAGAGGUUGAUUCAGCACAACAGCAAAAAAAAAAAAAACUUAAUGAAUGAUAACCCAUAUUAGAAUAUUUCUCCGUGAUUUUCCUAUUUGAGUUCGAGCGAGAAACAAAUGAGUAAAGAUGUAAAACCAAAUACGAACAAUUAAUCGUUUCAACACCACAACAACCAUAAAUGUGUAUAUUAGGAGAUAGAAAAUUAGAGAUGAAAUAAAAAAGAGAUAGGAAUAAACAGAUUUAUGAAAUUAUGAAUUAAAAGAAACCGCUUAAUAAAUAGUAAUCUCACAAGUCACAACCAUAGCUUUUAUAAUAGAAUUCAUGUGAAGUAGACCCUUUUACGGUCUCACUCCCGCUCCACGAAUUGGUAAUCUAAGUUUGGUAUUGUUGGCUCUUAGGCUCAGUAUUCUCUGUUGGAGACGGCGGUCUUGUUACCCCAUCUGGAAGGAAAACUAGUCCACUGUCACUGUUAUGCAGAGCAAAAUGGGCCACGUAACUUUUCUUUGAAUAGUCUACUUCCAUCCACGAUCACAAUUCACAAUCAAUAUAUACAACAACCAGGGAGUUUUCCAGACCGUUGCAGCCACAGAAAAUGGAGUUCUUCCUCUUCGUACUGAAUUGUUUACUCUGCCUCAUCUUCACCAUCACCGUCCUCCGAUUCCUGCUGGCAAGUAAAGCUCCGGCGGCCAAACUCCCGCCGGGUCCCGCCAGGCUGCCAAUAAUCGGCAACCUCCACAACCUAGGCUUCAACCCACACAAAUCUCUGGCCGAUCUCGCCAGAAUUCAUGGUCCCUUGAUGAGCCUCAAGCUGGGCCAAAUCACCACGAUCGUGGCUUCUUCCCCAGCUGCAGCCAAGGAGAUUCUCCAGAACCACGACAGAGUCCUCUCCGACCGCCACGUCGCCAUCGCCUUGCAGGCCGCCGACAUCCAUAAAUUCUCCGUCACUCAGCUCCCCGUGGAAUCCAGGUGGAGGAACCUCAGGAAGGUGUGCAACUCGCACAUCUUCACGACCCAGAAGUUGGAUUCGAACGAGGGCCUCCGGAGGGCGAAGAUCGCUGAGCUCGUGGAGAGUGUUCGACGAAAUGCCUCUGAGAGGCCCGUGGUGGACAUCGGGAGGGUGGUGUUCAGGGCCACACUGAACGCUCUGUCGGCGACCAUUCUUUCGAUGGAUCUUGCGGACGAGGAACGGUCGGAGGCCGCCAGACAGUUUAAGGAGCUUACGAGGGGGAUGAUUGAAGAGGCUGCGAAGCCCAAUUUGGGAGACUUCUUCCCUGUUUUGGCCAGGUUUGACCUGCAGGGGAUACAGAGGCGGAUCGGGAGUCAUUUCGAGAAGGUUUUGAAUCUUUUUGAGUGGUUGAUCGACGAACGGUUGCGGGAGCAGAAAUCGGAAAGCUACAUCUCGACGAACGACAUGCUCGAGACGCUGCUGGCCAUCAAUGGGAAUGGCGAUAGUCGGGAAGAGGCUCACAUGGAUCCACAGAGCAUCAAAUACUUGUUCUUGGAUCUAUUUGUUGCUGGAACCGAUACAACUUCGACCACACUAGAAUGGGCAAUGGCAGAGCUCCUCCGUAAUCCUAGCGUACUCGUUAAAGCCAAGGAAGAAUUGGAUCAAGCGAUAGGAAAAGACAAUCAUCUCGAGGAAUCAGACAUUCCUCGAUUACCGUAUCUACAAGCAAUCGUGAAAGAGAUUUUCAGACUGCACCCGCCUGUCCCCUUACUCCUUCCCCGUAAAGCAGGGGCCGAUUUGGAAAUCGAUGGUUUCAUCGUGCCCAAAGGUGCGCAAGUGCUAGUCAAUCUGUGUGCUAUAGGUCGAGAUCCGGCAACAUGGAACGAUCCCAACUCGUUCUUGCCAGAAAGAUUCCUGGAUUCGAAGAUUGACGCUAAGGGGCACGACUUUGAGUUGAUUCCUUUUGGCGCGGGAAGAAGGAGAUGUCCCGGAAUGUUGUUAGCACAUAGAAUGUUGCAUAUGAUGUUAGGUUCGUUGAUUCAUUGGUUUGACUGGAAGUUGCCGGAUGGAGUCGAACCAAAAGACGUGGAUGUGGAAGAAAAGUUCGGGAUAACUUUGCAUAAGGCAAAACCUUUACUUGCUAUUCCGACUCCCACUUAAGAUCAAGAUCAUAGCAUGUGAGUGAGCAUCUCCGGAUGUUGCUUGUGCCUUGUGUGUCUCCAUACAUAUGCAUUUCAAUUGAUGAUUUAUCCAUGGCCAAUAAUUAGCGCCAUUUGUCAAGUCUCUUAGUUAUCAUCUUGACUCUCUUCGCCUACACGUUCGGUUGACCUCAUGAAUUUUUAUGUUUUCAUGAAAAGAUGAACGCAAACGGAUGCACCAAUCUCAUAUUAUUUCAUUGUGUGUUUCAAAAAUAUAUUUGACGCUAGAGAAGGUAAUUUUCUCGGUGGUUUUUAGCAUCUUUUGGGCAUUCUUUAGGUACCGGAGAGCAUGUAUUCACGUCUUUAUGUCAUGCUUUGAACUAUUAAUGUUAUUUUAAUUAGAUAGGAAUUCUACUUCUCGAGUUAUUUAAUGAAUAAAGGUUGGGAGACUUU